ACUCCAGCACUCUCUGCGACCCUCGUGAGUAUAAGCGGGAAAGAAAAUGGAUGGAUGCGUUCAGGACAUACAGAAGAGUCUCUCCAUCGCCAGAAGCAUAUACAGUAAAUUUAAUUUUCGGCGCUGAAUUGACAGCGAGUCGGCACGCGCAUUUUAGCCGGGACGAGCUGGCCCCCUUCCACGUCGGACGUCGUUCGUUCCCGCUGGACGUCGUCAUGCUGCCUGAGAAGGAGGACGGAGCAGGGGUGGCAGGUGGACAAAUUCCUCCCGAGGGAGAAGAGCCUUCCGUCAGCCUCUUUCGGGAGUAUCUCCGCCUCAGGACGGUCCACCCAGAGCCGGACUACGAUGCCGCUCUGAGGUUCCUGGACAGAAUGGCAGGGGAACUUGGACUGCCUAUGAAGAAGAUUGAGGUUUGUCCGGGCCGAGUCGUGUCCAUCUUGACGUGGCAAGGGACGAACCCCAUCUUAAAAUCGGUUUUGUUGAACUCCCACACCGACGUUGUUCCAGUUUUCCAGGAGCACUGGAAAUGCGAUCCUUUCAGCGGGUUCAAAGAUGUAGAGGGCAACAUAUACGGCCGCGGCUCGCAGGACAUGAAAUGUGUGACAAUACAGUACAUCCAGGCUGUGAGACGGCUAAAAGCUGAGGGCCAGACAUUGUUGCGCACCGUGCACUUAAUGUUUGUUCCUGAUGAAGAGGUUGGAGGUGAGAAAGGCAUGGAGACGUUUGUGAGGCAUCCGGAGUUCCAGAAAUUAAACAUUGGCUUUGCCCUGGACGAAGGUCUGGCCAACCCCGGUAAUGCCUUCACUGUCUUUUAUGGGGAAAGGAAUCCCUGGUGGAUUAACAUCCACUGCCCGGGGAGUCCCGGUCACGGCUCCAGGUUUGUGGAGAACACGGCGGCUGAGAAGCUGCGCCACAUCAUCAACUCUUUCCUGGGUUUCAGGGAGAAGGAGAAACACAGGCUAAACACCAGCCAGUGCUUCACGCUCGGUGACGUCACCACAGUGAACAUGACGAUGGUGAAAGGGGGCGUGGCCUACAAUGUCAUUCCACCUGAGAUGGACGUCAGCUUUGACCUGAGGAUCCCGCCAACCGUAAAUCUACAGGAAUUCGAGAAGGUGAUCCAGGGGUGGUGCAAGGAGGCAGGCGAUGACGUCACGUACGACUUUGCUCAGAAACACAUGGACCAGAACAUCACGUCGACGCAAGACGGUGACCCCUGGUGGACUGCCUUCAGUCAAGCCUGCAGGGAAAUGGAUAUGACUCUGGAGAAGGAGAUCUUUCCUGCUGCUACCGACAGCCGUUUCAUCCGAGCUGUGGGGAUUCCUGCCAUCGGUUUCUCGCCGAUGAACCGGACGCCCAUCCUGCUGCACGACCACAACGAAUAUCUGAACGAGCGCGUCUUCCUGAAAGGCAUCGACGUGUACGCGAAGCUCAUCCCGGCGCUCGCCAACGUCCCCGCGUCUCAAGAUGAGUCCUAAGUGCUCACUUUUCAUGAUUACCAAAGAAUAUUAAUCGUGUCUGUAUGACAAGGUCACAAAUUUGAAGCCUUUGGCCACACUGAUUGUUUUAAUAAUUCUCAGGUCGUAUGGAUUAUUUUUUUUUUAAUUAAGACAUCCUCACACUUAGUGUGCGCGUGUAUACUUUCAAAAGACACAUCUGUCGUGGCGAUUUGGUUGUCUUGACUGUAGCUAAACUUACUUUGCACUCAGCAGUUGACAACUUUUGAAUUCACUUUUCACCGCUAUAGUUUUAUUGAAUAAAUAGCAUUUUAAUAAAUAUUCUUGAUCACAA